GAUUCAUUGCAAAGGCCCAACCGGACUUGCUUGUCCCUUUUUUCUUCUAUCGACUCCACCAAACUGUCAGCUACGCGCCUUCCUUCCUGUGUGUCAACUGUCAAGCUUACGACCCUUUGUUAUUUCCUUAAACAAUGUUUCUGUGGAAGUGAAAACGAUCAAAGGAAAGAGCUUCUGAUGUCAUGAACAGUCAUUUUUAGAAAGAGUUCGAGUCCUUCAAGAGAAGGAUCCGAAUUUUUGCCAAGAAUCAUUGUCUUUCUGUUCGGUAAAUGUAUCCUUGAUGUUGCUAUUUCUAAGAAUGCUGUAGGACUUGAACGACAUCCUGGUCUCCUGCUCCUGCUUGCUUUUCUGACGACACAGCAAGAGCUGGCUUCAUCCCAUCUCAUUCAUCGCCAUUUUCACUAAUUUCCCACCUUUCUUGAGCAGAGGAAGAAACCCAGAAACCUUGUCUUCUUCUUCUUCUUCAUCUAGACAUAGAGAGAGAGAGAGAGAGGAUUAUGGGUGAGGAGGAAGGGGAUGAUGUGCAGUUGCAGGCACGGUUGAUUGAGAGCAGUCCUGCAGGUGAAGCAUCGCACCCGCUUUUGAAGAGGACAGGGACCACAUGGACUGCUGUGGCGCAUAUAAUAACGGGAGUGAUCGGAGCAGGAGUGCUCUCGCUGGCAUGGAGUGUGGCCCAACUGGGGUGGGUCCUCGGUCCCAUCUGCAUACUCUGUUUUGCAUUUAUCACCGGUCUCUCCACGUUUCUUCUCUGCGACUGCUACAAGUAUCCUGAUCCCGAGUUUGGAGCUACCCGGAGCCGUUCUCUUAUGGAAGCCGUGAGGCUGUACUUAGGAGAGAGGCAGCAAUGGAUAUGCGGCAUAUUUGCGAAUGAGAGUUUGUAUGGGACUACAAUCGCUUAUACGAUCACAGCUGCUGCCAGUAUAAAAGCAAUCUUGCAAUCAAACUGUUACCACCGAGAAGGGCACAAUGCUCCCUGUGAGUACAGUGAUAGUGUCUAUAUGCUUCUUUUCGGGUUGGUUCAGAUUGUAAUGUCACAGAUCCCGGAUUUCCACAACAUGGGAUGGCUCUCUGUUGUUGCCGCGAUUAUGUCGUUUUCCUAUGCCUCCAUUGGUUUUGGGCUAGGUCUCGCGAAAGUAAUAGAAAAUGGGAGGAUGAAGGGAAGCAUUGCAGGAGUUACAUAUACGAGUCUAACUUCAAAGUUGUGGACAUCAUUCGAAGCCAUCGGCGACAUUGCAUACGCUUACCCCUAUGCAGUCAUUGUUCUCGAGAUACAGGACACUCUCAAGUCUCCUCCUCCCGAGAGCCAGACCAUGAAGAACGCCUCUGUAAUUGCUUUAGUAGUCACAACGUGCUUCUACCUCUGCUGUGGAUGCUUCGGGUACGGAGCCUUCGGUAAUGACACGCCCGGGAAUCUCCUCACAGGGUUCGGAUUCUAUGAGCCUUACUGGCUUGUCGACCUUGGGAAUGCUUGCAUUGUUCUCCAUCUGGUGGGAGGAUAUCAGAUCUUCAGUCAGCCAAUCUUCGGGACGGUUGACAGAUGGGCGUCGAGAAAAUUCCCCAACAGCAGAUUUCUGAAUGACUACUCUUUUAGAUUCCUACCACGAUUCAAGGUGAAUCUCUUCAGGAUCUGUUUCCGGACACUGUAUGUUAUGUCCACGACUGCUAUCGCGAUCCUCUUCCCCUACUUUAACUCGGUUAUUGGAGUCUUGGGAGCGCUCAACUUUUGGCCCCUUAGUAUCUAUUUUCCGGUGGAGAUGUACUUCGCGCAGAGGAAGGUAAGGGCAUGGUCGAGGGAAUGGAUUCUUCUAUGGGCAUUUAGUUGCUUCUGUUUGCUCGUGUCAGCCAUGGGAUUCAUCGGUUCACUCACAGAACUCAUAAUUGAGAAAAGUAGCUGAGGAAUGAAUCCUCCAAUUCGAUAGUAAGCCUCUCCUGGAACGUAAGAGAGAGGCAGAAGGUCUUGUAGCCUUGCAAGUAAUCGUUGUAAGUUGCUCCACCUUAGAAUAUCAUUUAUACGGGAGAUAAGAUCAGUACAUUACAUUUUCCGAA